CCUCCUCGUAUGUAUAUAUAAAUACCACCAUUUCCUUUGCAGCAAAGCUUUGAGUUAUCAAUGGCUCUCAAAUGGCUUCUCAGUUCUGGGUUUACCAAAAUUUUCGGCCGUGCCGGCGGCGGUGACUUGCACAGCAAGGCAGUGGUAUCAUGCCCUAAUGGAUUUGUCAAUGAGAAUUCAAAGGGCUACAAGGAAAUGGAAAGAGGGGUUAGCAGCAUCAAAACCAGCAAAGAAGAUUACCCGAAUGGCUUCGAAAUGCCAGUUCAUUACCCUCGGUUCUCGAAGACGGAUUACGAGAAGAUGGAAGAAUGGAGGAUCGAUAUGUUGUUGAAAGAAUACGGAUUCGGCUUUAAUGGCGGCACCGUCAACGAGAAGAGGGCAUUUGCCAUGGGAGCUUUUCUUUGGCCCGAUCAACUUUGAUAUAUAUAAGUGAACGAAAGUCUUUGUAUUAGACAUGCUUUUAUGCACGAAUUGAUAAGGGAAUGGACAGGACAAUCGACCUCUGAAAAUUUAA